AUGGCGACCACCGCAUCUUCGUCUCUCCCACGUAACUACUCCUUCACUCCUCAUCGGCCUCCUCCCUCUUCCAUCCGCGGAUCGCCGGUAGCUGCAACGCUUCCGCGCUACCUCCGCCGCGACCGUCGGUUGGCUCUCACUUACCGAUUGGAACACAAUUCGAACCGGAGGAGCAGCGGAAACGUCAGAUGCGAGGCGACGGAGGUAUCUUCUUCUUCUUCUUCGUCUGCUACUUCCCCUGGACGGAACUGGGUGCCGGUUGUGCCGUUAUCCGCGCUUCCGAAAGGUGAACGCCGAGUGAUUAUUCAAGACGAUGAGACGAUUUUGCUUCUCUGGUAUAAGAACGAUGUUUUCGCGAUCGAGAAUCGUUCUCCGGCGGAAGGAGCUUACAGCGAAGGACUUCUCAAUGCUAAGCUCACUCAGGAUGGUUGCAUUGUGUGCCCAUCAACGGAUAGUACAUUUGAUCUAAGAACCGGAGAGAUCCGGGAAUGGUACCCGAAAAACCCGGUUUUGAGAGUCUUGACACCUGCACUGAGGAAACUAUUUGUAUACCCGGUCAAGUUUGAUGAAGAGAACAUCUACAUCAGCAUUAGAGACACCGGGAAGGCCGAGGCAGCUGCUGAGAUCGUCUUCAGUGGGAAAGCUCAGCCUGGACUCACAGCAACUAAUGUCAAUGUAGACGAGGUGAGAAUGAUUGUGGACGAGGGCUCUCAAGGAUUUGGAUUUUCGAAGAAGAACGAAGUGAUAAACGGGAAAGCGGCAGUGAUAGGGUUCUUGCUGCUGUUGGAUUUUGAGCUGUUGACAGGUAAAGGUCUAUUGAAAGGGACAGGGUUCUUGGACUUCCUCUACUCUGCUUCAGAUGCUUUCAAGUAG